AUGAAGACCUUCCAGUCUCUUCUCCCCGUUUUCGGGCUCGUGUCCGCCGUUAUGGGAUGGUCCAAUGAGACCACUGCAUACACCACGGUCACGGUAUCCAGCUAUACCACCUAUUGCCCAGAGGCAACCACCAUUACCCAGGGCACCAAGACAUACACCGCCACUGCAUCCGAGACACUCACCAUCACCGACUGCCCAUGCACUCUCACCAAGCCAGUGAAGCCAACCGGCUACCCAACCGGCGUUCCUCCUAUCUCUCUUCCUUCCCCCAUCAACAAUGCUACUGCUCCUCCCCCUGUCUGGGUCACCACUACAGUCAGCGAGUACACCACUUACUGCCCGGCCCCAACCAGUGUGAUCCAAGGUAACCAGACUUACACCAUCACCGAGGCCACCACCUUGACCAUCACAAACUGCCCAUGCACGGUUUCCUACCCACCUUCCACCACCAAGACCGUCACCGUCUCCACCUUGACGACCUACUGCCCGGCCCCAACCACCAUCACCCACAGCUCGUCCACCUAUACUGUCACCACCUCUGGCACUGCGACCAUCCCCAUUGUCAGCGUGACCACUGUCCCCAACAGCCCACCCACACCCACUGUCCCCGCUCCGGGCGUGACAGCCGCACCACCUGCACCAACCGCACCAGGUGUCGUCCCAACUGGCAGCAACCCAACCGUUGGCAAGCCCCCAACCCCAACCGCUUCUUCCUCGAUCAUCGAAGCCAACUCCGCCAGCAAGGCUGAUACCGGUAUCUUCGGUCUCGUGGUCGCCGGUCUCGCUGCCAUGCUCAUCUAA